GUCUCUUUAAAACACAGACUCCUGGAGGUUGGCGAGGAUUGUUGCGGAUCUGGGAGUGCGCAGCUCGGCUCGGCAUGUUCAGCGCUUCAUAUUCGCUCAAACUGACGCUGCAACCUGCAAGUGCCCGACUCUGAGCAGAGGAAGAGGAGAGGAAUUGUUUUAUUUAUGACCGGGCUAAAUAUAGUUAAGCCCCCCCACCCCAUCUUUUUUAUUUUAUUUUAUUUUUUUAUUUUUUUGUUUUGUUUUCGGCAGCAGCAGAGGGGGCAUCUUAGGAAGAAGUCGCUGUGCGUGUGAGCGACCAUGCGGACACUAAGAAGUGAUGCUGCUGAGUUUUGUUAUUAGGUUUCUCCUCCCGGGCGGUGCUGAUGCUGAUGCUGAUCCUGCUGCUGUCAUGGGUUCCUGGGAGUGACAUCAAAGUUUUUUUUCGGGCUGAUCUCAAACGUUUGAAUAUUCCAGCUGAGACUUCGUUUUCAAAGCCAUCAGCUCGGCUAGUUUUCUUUAGUAAAAUCCGUUUCUUCUUUUCUUUUCUUUUCUUUUCUUUUUUUCCAUGACUGGAGUUUUGGUUUAACUGAUCAUUUUGACGCUGAGUCCCUCAAGAGAGCUGCAGACUCCGGCGGAUUUGGCACCGGGAGAGUGAGGAGAUGAACGUUGCCAAUUUACUACUUGUGACUGUCUCCUUCGUCAGCGUUUCUUCAGGGUCUCGGCCGCGUUUUGAAGACAGCCUGCCGCGGAUUGCGGAGGACCCCUCGGAUUUGAUUGUCUCCAAGGGGGAGCCUGCCACCCUCAACUGCAAGGCAGAGGGCCGCCCCAUCCCCAGCAUUGAAUGGUACAAAGAUGGUGAACGUGUGGAGACAGACAAAGAUGACCCGCGUUCUCACCGCAUGCUCCUGCCCAGCGGCUCCCUUUUCUUCUUGCGCAUCGUGCACGGCCGACGGAGCAAACCAGACGAGGGCGUUUACACCUGUGUGGCCCGCAACUACCUGGGAGAGGCCAUUAGUCGCAACGCUUCACUGGAAGUUGCCGUCCUGAGAGAUGAUUUCCGGCAGGCCCCGAGUGACGUGGUGGUAGCUGCCGGUGAGCCUGCUGUGUUGGAGUGUGUACCUCCACGAGGUCACCCCGAGCCCACCGUGUCCUGGAAACGCAACAACGUCCGAGUCAGCACCAAAGAUGAGCGCGUCACUAUGCGUGGUGGCAAACUGAUGAUCUCUCACACCAGGAAGAGCGAUGCAGGCAUGUACGUCUGCGUGGGCAGUAACAUGGUUGGAGAGAGGGACAGUGAUCCUGCAGAGCUGGUGGUGUAUGCAGAGCGCCCCGUAUUGGUACGAAGGCCUGUUAACCAGGUGGUCAUGGAGGAAGAGACUGUUGACUUUCUAUGUGAGGUCCACGGGGAUCCUGCUCCUACUGUGCGAUGGCGGCGAGAAGAAGGAGAGCUUCCCCGCGGGAGGUUUGAAAUCCGCAACGGCAACAACCUCCGUUUGUUCCGCGUGAAAGAGCAGGAUGAAGGGACGUAUACCUGCACAUCAGAGAACAGUGUGGGCAAGACGGAGGCUUCAGCCAUGCUGCAGGUGCACGUACCACCUCAGAUUGCUACAAAGCCCCGAGACCAGAUUGCCACCCAGGGGAGGAGCAUCACCUUCCAAUGUGGCACCACGGGAAACCCUCCACCUGCCAUCUUCUGGCAGAAAGAGGGCAGCCAGAUGUUGUUGUUCCCCGGCCAGCCGCCUUCCCAGUCUGGUCGUUACUCUGUUUCCAUGAAUGGAGAGCUGACCAUCACAGAUGUCCACCCUGAGGACUCGGGCUUUUAUAUCUGCCAGGCCAUCAGUGUAGCAGGAAGUGUUCUGACCAAGGCACUGCUGGAGGUGGAGGGAGGUCCUUCAGGUCGUAUCCCGCCAAUCAUUCGCCAAGGCCCAGCCAAUCAGACCGUAUCUCGGGGUGCAACGGCACAGCUCUAUUGCCGUGUAAAUGGAGGUACCUCAGUCGAGAUUUCAUGGGAGAAGGACGGAGAGAGACUUCAGGGAAAUACACCUCGACUGACCUUGAUGGAAAAUGGCACGUUGCAAAUCGCAGACGUAAAGGACACGGACUCGGGUAUGUACACGUGCGUGGUUUCCAGCACCACAGGAGAGUCGAGCUGGAGUGGGAUGUUGACUGUCAGAGAUGGAGGUUCUUCAGUGUCCAGAGCUUCUGAGUUCAUCCAGCUUCCAGGACCUCCACAGAAGCCUGUCAUAACAGAGGUGACCAAAAACACAGUCACCCUCACCUGGCAAUCCAAUCCCCAUGAAGGCGGGGCCGCUGUCACCUCCUACAUUAUCGAAGCCUUCAGCCAAUCAGUGGGCAGUACCUGGCAGACCGUAGCGGACCAUGUGAAGCAGGAGAGGCACACUGUUGUCGGACUCUUCCCCAACACCGUUUAUCUCUUUAUCGUCAGAGCAGUCAACUCGUACGGCCUCAGCGACCCCAGUCCGAUCUCCGAGCCUGUCAGGACACAGGAUGGGAGUCCGACUGAACAGGGAGUGGACCACAGACAGGUGCAGAGAGAGCUGGGAGAGGUGUCUGUCUACCUGCAGAAGCCGAUGGUUCUGUCUCCUACGAGCGCCAAGAUUUCUUGGAGUGUUGCGCGUCAGUCACGGUACGUUCAGGGUUACCGUAUAUUUUAUCGAACGAUUGGCAGCUCCUGGCUGGUCCAAGAUGUGGAGGCCACGUCUGACUACAGUACCAUCUUAGCAGAUCUGCACAGUGGUACCGAGUACGAGGUCAAGAUCCGGCCUUACUUCAAUGAGUUACAAGGGCAUGACAGCCUCAUGGUUCUCCUGCGUACCUCGGAGGAGGUUUUGUGUGCCCCUCCACAGGCUGUAUCAGUGGUGCAGCUCACCAACAGCACCAGUAUCAGCGUGUCCUGGGAGCCGCCGCCUCAUAAUAUUCAGAGCGGCAUAAUUAGGGAGUACAAGGUCUGGUGUCUGGGCAGCGGCGUUGAGCAGGAGAACCAAAUAAACCGAACCAUGGAUGGAGCAGUCCUGUCCAUCCUGCUGACGGGCCUGCUGCCUGAAGUCCGUUACACCGUGAUGGUGGCUGCUGUCACCAGCCUGGGUGUGGGCGCUCAGAGUCCGCCUGUCAGCCUGCUUCUCACUCCCCCGCUUGAGAAGACUUCAACGACCGUGACUAAGGGCGAUGACCUCAGCAUAGCAGAGCAGAUCACAAGCGUCAUCCGCCAGCCAGCCUUCAUCGCUGGGCUGGGUGUGGCUGCGUGGUUGGUGCUGAUGGGCUUCAGCGGGUGGCUAUACUGUCGCCACCGAAGGAGGAAGCAGCUGGGACACUAUACCACAUCCUUCGCAUACACCCCAGCAGUUGGCUUCGCUCACAGUGAGGGAUCAGGAAUCAUUAAUGGAGGGCCUGGCUUGUUGGGAUCAAAUAUGGGCAACUACCCCUGGCUGGCAGACUCUUGGCCCACUCCAAACCUCACUCACAACAGCAAAGACUCGGUCAACUGCUGCUCUGGCAAACUGGAUUCAGAGAGAUAUUACAACACUGUUGGGAUCAUAAACUACCCAAACCAGUCAGAGAAGCACAGCGCGGCGUCCAAUGACAGUCCCAUCUACAGCACCAUCAACACAACGGCUGAAGACGACCUCCUGGCGUACUACGACACCUACUCGAGCACGUCCUACAACCAGGGUCCAGACCCGUACAGCAGCAACCCAAUACUGUCAAACAGUGGGUUUGGAGGUCUGGAGCAGCACCUGGAUCAUUGGACCAUAAAGUCUGGUCACUCUGGAUCUGAAUACGCCAAGCUUCAGUACAGCAAGAAGAGCAACGACAAACUGGUAAAGCAGAGGUCUACUGGGACAUCAUCCAAGUCAGGUCCUCUCACCUGGGUGGAUGUCUUGUCUCUACCUCUUCCCACCAAUAAAGAUGGACACCAUACAAAAACACACAAAGAAGAUGAGCAGCACAGCUCUGAGGAGGAGGACGAUGACUGGUGUCCUCCUCUGCCAGCCAGAACCUACCUGAUGGACACUUCCAGGGAGGAACUCCCCAGCCUGCCCUCUAAACCAGAUGAGCUGUCCUACACUGCAACUUUGACAUCUCCCCACCAGCAAGAUGCAUCCAAGCCUAAUGACAGUCCACGGCUGCAGCAUUUUGACCUCUUGGCACGUCACCACUUGGUCUCCCAGUCUAACCCCGAUCUGUUUACCAACAUGAAGGCCCAGGAUGGCAGUGAGGUAUACCGCACUAGCCAGUGGGUAGAUGAUUUCAAGGGGGAAAGCCUUGGUAAAGGACAAUUUCCUGUUACAGCUGCAGAGUCGAGCCCCACAGCCCCGGCGCACAGAUCCAAGAGUAAGAAGAAAACGCCCAAGGAUGGACCAAACAAGAGAGAUCUGCAGAGUGAAGCAGAGCUCCCCCCUCCACCGGCUCCUCUCCGCACAGAUGACUCCCUGCAGCUCUUGGCUGAUGUGUUGAGCCGCAGUCGAGCAGACAAAGAGGGGAGUGACUCACCCACUCUACAGAAGAGGGGAGAACAUUUCUCACCCGAAAGGAGAGGAUCUACAAAGUGGUUAUCGCAGGAUGAGAAUGUAAUCCCGUACGGACAGUCAAGCAUCGUGCCCAACGUCCAGACGUCAAACUACGGGUCCCUUGGUGGAGGAGUGUUUCAGCAACCAUCUAGUGCUGGUCUUAGGAGAAAUGAGAAUCUCAUGUAGACAGUCGCCGAUUACGCCAUGUGACACCGUCCAUUUUUCCUCCCUGAUUUCCCGUCUUGGUGAACCAUCAAUCUGUUGCCAUGGUAUCUGCUGAAAAACUGAAGACAAAAGGGAACGUGUCGAGGCUUGCCAUCUGCCUUUUCACAAACUAUUUCUAUUCUUUUUUUUUUUAAAUCUUAUUUUAUUGGUUUAAUCUUUAUUUUUUGUGAUUUGCGUUACUCCUCCUCUGUGUAUAUAGACAUCUUUCCAAUUUUUUUAAAAGAUAUGGUUAAAUAUAUUACAAAAAUCUGCAGAUCUGCGGGAAAAUAUUGUAUUUUUAACAAAUUGUGAGGGUGGGUAGGGUUGAAUCCAAGUAUUACAUUGUUGUACAGCUGAUUAUUGAAUGUAUCUUCUGUUUACUCCUGAACCAUCAAACCAUACUGAUGGGAGACGUCACGAGGCAGAUAAUGUGCUAAUAACCCAUCAUGUCGGUGUGCGUGCGCGUGCAUGUGUGUCGUGUUUGUGUGUGCUACUGUUUUUUCUGUAAUCUUUGUGUGACUGUGUACCGUGGUACUCCUGUAGAUCACCGGUGUGUUCAUUUUUAAACCGACCAAUAAAGCAUUUGUUAGAAAAACGUUUCCAUCCAUCUCUGAGUUAUACUGAAUGAUGGUGAUCUGUGCACACUCGGCCCUCUUUAUGUGCACACAUGAGUGAGCGUUGAUUUAAUGCCGUAUUUUUGCUUUUCGAUAACGAUAUCCACAGUCAUCAUUAAAGAGUCACCAAACUGUGUUUAACGGCCAAACUCAUAAUGAGUAUUUGGUAGCGAAAGAUCAAAAUAAAAACCUUAUUAAAUCCAAGCGAGUCUGAGGGGUUCAUAUGAGACAAGAAAUUUACCAUGAAGUUAAAAAGCUAUGCUAAAUCAAGCAUGUAAAUUAUUAAUUAAACAGCACACAUUUUCUAAAUGUUUAAGUGGAAUGAAAUGUGUGCUUUCUUUUGUUCUUUCUCUCCAGGACGCAGGAGCUUUGCUGUGUGAUACAAUAGUAUCCCGAGAAGACUGCUGCUGUGAAUUGGCUUUGUGCAAAUAAAAUAAAUUACUAACACCUGCAAAGCUUCUCCUCACCCUCACCUGUAUGUUGUGUUUUACUUAAAUUAGUACAUCUCAGCAGUACUAACACAGUAAACUGAGGUGGUAAACAGUAAUAUAUGCACUAAUCAGUAAAUAACAAUACACUUGCAUUUAGUUUAAAGCUGCUAAUAUGGGAAUGUUUGUGAAUGUUUAUCUUCAAGAUUACUUGAUCAAACUUAUAGAUGGAGCUGGAUUGUGGGACUCUCAACCAUUCUUGGUACAGCUGCAGUAGGAAAAAAAGAGGUUUGGGAGCGCAAUAACCAAAAUUAUUGCAGCGGUGUGAAAUGAACUUGAUCUCACUGCCUUUGAAAUGGUUGAUUGAAAAAUGGGGAUCAGGUUUGUGCGACUACUCUUAGUUGAUGCCUUUAAAUAACUGUGGAGCAUCAAGAUGAUGACAGAACAGCAACAGGAUUGCAUGGGAUCCAUUUAACAGUUACAUGAAAUCUGUUUGUGGUAUUAUGGCAAUUGACAUCUGUUGCUGUCUACGUGCACAGAAAUUUGCAUUAAUGUGAAUUCUGCAAAGCAAUGUAACUGCAAAGUAACACAGACCACUUAUUUUUAUGUAGUGUAUGAAUAUUACCAAUUAGGGACCAGCUGAGUCAAGUCCCCAAUUGCCAAUAGACACGUUGCAGAUAGGUUGUGUUCAUCGGUAUAGUCUGACUCAGUGAAUGUGUUGGCAAUCCGUCUGCAUUUAUAAAUAAGAUGGCAAUUAGUCGCAAACUUCUCCAAUCUGCCUGAGAGCAACUGCAGUCGGUCCAAGUUAGACUGUAAUUGUUUACACAGAGGUUGCUUCCCACCAGGCGACCUGUGCAACCUCCAAUCAAAAAUGAUCUCCCAUGAGCAUGCAACACCCUCAGCCUCUGGGUAAACAGUUGGCCACUGCAAGUAUUUGCAAAAUGCUGAAAGAGUCAAUGCAGUAACCAACAGCACCUGCCGACUUUUCCUAGUUCCUUGGAGGUUACUGCCCUACUUUUUCUCUAGUGUGACUAGGCCAGUAAUUAUGGCUGUAGGCUCAGGCCACUGGAGGAACUCCAGUGCACUGAGAAUUUCUUAACUCCCUUUGUUUUCCCUAUGAGGCUGCUGCAUGUCAUUAACAUGUUGUGUGGUGUGCAUUAUUGUCCUGUUUGCUAUAUGUUGUCUCUUUAUGCUUCUCUUACCUUUUAUCCCCUUUGCCUUAUCCCUUCAUUCCGUCAGUUCCUGUUAAAGGACAGUUCUUUCUCCCCACUGUUGCCAAGUGCUUGCUGACUGAAUUCAAUUGUUCUCAAUUUAGCCUUGUUUAUACACAGCUAAUACAUAACAACAGUCCUCUCAAGGUUCCUUAGAAGUCUAUACAUUGCUGGGCUAACCUUGUGAACUAUAAAAAUAAAUUCGAACCAAACUGAAAGAAAUCAUCUUGGACUUUGUAUGUUUAAAUAAUGAUUGAUAACGAUUAAAGACACCCUGAAUAAUUUAAACACAACCAUUUUGUAAUGCAAGCAAUGUGAUCAGGAGAAGGUUUUAAAGAGCAGAGUGAGGAAAAAGGAAAAUGGCGAAAUGUCCCUGAGGUUUGAAUGAACUUGGAUAUUGUUAUAUCAUGCUCCCUGUAAAAUGUCUAAUACUACACUGUGUGUGAUUUGAUGCCUUCUACGGAUUGCAGUAUUCUGAAAAUGCCUGUUUUUGAAUGCGGUUUAAUGAGCGGAGGAAGCCUUCAUCUUUCUGUAUGUCUCCUGAAACGUGACAGCAGCGAGAUAUAAAAGGCUUUUCCUCGUGUCUGCACCGUCAGCUGCUGCAUGUGCCUCUUUUGUGCAGAUCUUAUUAGUGGAAGCACUACAGUGUUUUGGCAGGGAGACAGUGGAUGGCGUGGAAAGCGAGUUGGACUCCAUUGCCUUCGGCAAAUACAUGCUGGGUCCCACCAGGCUAGGAUGAUAAUGGUAAUCCGAUGCAAUUUGAAUAGGUUAUGCAAUUUAGAAGGGUUCGACAAAUUUAUGCUUUUAGCCCUGUUGCGUGGAUUAGGGUCUGUGUGGUUUGCUGACCCCUCCCACACGCACACAGGCUCAGUUUGUAAAAGAGACCACUUCACAUGUAUCUAAAAAUGUACAACAUUAUGUCGACAGUAGAUUUGUCAUUUUUAGCUGUAGAACGAUACUUUCCCUUGUUGGAAAUGUAGUUCUCUCUUCUCGUCUAUAUAAAAAAGUGCACAUGCAUGAUAACUACAAUAUGAACAACUGGAAAUUGGAGCACAAAGUGGCUGUGAUGUACGAGCAAAAGUAACCCGUCUUGAAUAGGGACUGAAGAUGAAUUUGAAGAAGCUUUCCCAGAGUAAGGUAAAAACAGUUUAAGUGUUUAGACCUGUUCAUGCAUCAAUGUGUACACAACAGAGUGCUUUAGUUAACAAUAGCGAACACUAUUUUUUGUAUAGGGGAUUUUUAAUAUGUGAAGGGCAAUAGUAAAAAUCCAAUCAAUGUGGGAUUAAUUGUCACGAUCUGCAGGCGCACAUCAUGUAUUUGAAGUAAGGACCCAAAAGCGGACAGUAGGACUAAAUUUAGCCAAAGCAAACCACAUUUUAAGGCUGCACAAAAUCAAACAAAACACAAAACAAAAGGCAAAGACUUUCACUAACACUAAACUGGGAAGAAACUAAACACUAAGGAUGUGAAACAUGAAACCUGAAGCUGAGAACGUGGAACAUGGAUGAGACACAUUGGGGGAGAACUAACGAUCUGGCAGAGGACAAGAGGAGACUGGGAAGAGACACUGAGUGAUGACAGCGAAACAGACAGCUUAGCAACGAGACAAGACUGACUUCACAGGGAGGCAUCAAUGACUAACACAGGAAACAAGACACAAGAGGAUGGGGAACAAUGAGGGAGGAAUUAUUCUAACACAAUGUAUAACAGAAGAAGACUAAAUAUACCAAGGGGAGAACUACAAGAAACAAUAUACACAUUACACAACCGUAGGAUUCAUAAGCAAACAAAACUAGAAAACCCACUAAAAUCAAAACACUGGGUCA